AAAUGAACAUUGCUAACAGACGUAUCAAAAAUAUAUAAAAAUUCAACAAAAUUUGCGUUUCAAAGUCAAAGCGACGCGCUCAAGUAAAAAAUAUAAAAGAUCGCGGCAUAAAAUACUAUAUUUGCCUAAAAAGGAGUUCAUAAAGCAUAAUGGCGUGCAAAAAUUUGAAAAUGCAUGUGGAUGAGAAUGCAACGGAGAAAUUUAACCAAGUGCAGCUGAAGAAAUUGACAGUGCCUACUAACGAGGCUACCACUAAGCGUGCUGCACUUGGAGAUUUACAAAAUCGUGGUUUAACUCGCAAUAUAACCAGCAAGGAUGUAGCUCAAAAAGAGCUAAAAGAUGUAAAACUAACUGCUAAGGCACGUGUCGAUACAUACUGGAGGAAGGAGCCACUAGGUGCUACCAAUGCCAAUGCAGGCAAGACAACAACAACCAACGUUGGGCCACUGCUACGCUCCAACUCUGUGCGCAACGGACUCUUGACACGACAGGCGCCGUCACGCCCCUUAGUAUCCGCCACCUCUGGUGUGGUGAAAUCAAGUGCCGCGGUUGCAAGCAAACCUGCCGUUGCUGGUACCGUCAAAGUCAAGGAGGACCAGCAGCAGCCGAUUCAGGCGCUGCGUCGUGAGGAUAGCAACUUAUCGCGCAGGUCAUUGACCAAGCUACGUGCUGCCCUAGCCAAGCCCAGCCAGGGUGUUGCGCUGCAAAAGUCUGAGCUGUUGCAGCAGAAAGCAGCACCAGCUAAGGCAGUCGUCGUGGCCAAGAAGGAGGUUGCCAAGCCACGCCCCGUCGUUCUGCCAGUGACGUCUAAGACUGUUGUUAAGAAGGAUGAACUUCUUAAGGCACGCCCCUUUACAGCUCCGCUAUCGGGCAAAGCCUUCUCCUCGGCCUCCUCCUCAAACACUUUGUCGCUAUCAAGCAAGCGGCUGUCUGAAAUAGAGGACAUCGAUGCAAAUGAUCGAGAGAAUCUUAUGCUGGUCUCGGUGUAUGUGAACGACAUCUAUGACUAUCUCUAUGAGGUGGAGCAGGCGAUACCCAUUCAGAAAGACCAUCUGGCUGGGCAGCCAGAGGUAACGCGUAAGAUGCGCGCCGUACUUAUCGAUUGGAUCAACGAGGUGCAUCUGCAGUUUCAUUUAGCUGCCGAGACCUUCCAUCUGGCCGUUGCCAUUAUCGAUCGUUAUCUGCAGGCGGUUAAGGACACCAAGCGCAGCUAUCUUCAGCUGGUGGGCGUGACUGCCCUCUUUAUUGCCACCAAGUAUGAGGAGCUCUUUCCGCCAGUUAUAAGCGACUUUGUCUUCAUUACGGAUGAUACCUAUACUGCACGCCAGAUUUGCCUGAUGGAGCUGAAGAUACUUAAAGCCAUCGACAUGAAUCUGUCGCGCCCCUUGCCCUUGCACUUCUUGCGCCGUUACUCGAAAGCAGCACGCGCUGAGGAUGAGCAUCAUGCCAUGAGCAAAUACUUUUUGGAACUGUCCUCUAUGGACUACGAGCUAGCCAGUUACAGGCCAUCGGAGAUUGCGGCCGCAUCGCUGUUCCUAUCGCUUCAUUUGCUUAACGACAACGCCAAAGCCGCAACUGGCUUUAGGGACACGCACUGGACUCCAACACUGGAACACUAUUCCCGCUAUACGGCUGCACAGCUGCGUCCCAUCACGCGACAGAUUGCCCAACUGGCUCAGGAUGCGCCAGCUUCCAAAAUGCGUGCCGUUUAUAACAAGUACCAGGCAAGCAAAUUCCAGGCAAUCGCGUUGCGCACCGAACUGUAUGGACAGCUCAUGAACUCCAUUGUGAACAGCAAGAAUUAGUCUGUUCAAGGACGACACAUUCAUAUUCAAGCAAAAAUUCAAUUUCUAGUUUAGUUCAAAUUGUUUUCUAUUUAAACCCGUAGUUUUUAUUUCGUUUCAUGUUCUUAAC